GGCAGCUCGGGGGGUUUCCUCCGUACCCUGCACGUCGGUGCUCUCCCUCGCCCUACUGGCGCGAUCGGUCUCCACAACCAGCUUCGUCAUAUCUGUCUGACAGGCAACGCUCGUCCGGUGCGCCUACAGGCCCCGGCUAUCCCGUCAAUUCAAUGGAUGGCCCAGUCAAAUUCGUUCGCGACUGCUUCGGCUGAUCCGGAGACAGCCAAGGCGUCUAAGACGAAGAAGAGUUCCGACAAGACUAAGAACAACAAGAAAAAACCACUCACUGAGGCCCAAAAGGAAAAGAAGAAAGACCAGAAACACAAGGCUGAGAUUGCCGAGCUCAAGAAGACUGCACUGACGCCGCCUAAGAAGCUCCCUGCCAGCUUUUUCUCCCUCGCGUUCGCGGAAAAAUACAGUGCCAUCAAGGAUAGCAGCCUUGACCCGAAAGAAGCAUUCAAAGCUGUAGUAGCGCAGGCCAAAUCUCUUAGUGCUGAGGACGAAGAGCGACUCAAAACCCAGGCCAAAGCGAACACCGCCGCCAAUGCCGCUGCCUACGAAUCAUGGCUCCGGUCGUACACCCCUCUCCAGAUCAAGGAAGCCAAUGCCGCCCGCCGGACCCUUUCGCGUCUUGUCAAGAAGGAUUACCGUCCCCUCAAGGAUGACCGCCUUGUCAGGCACCCUGCUUCCGCCUACUCGUACUACCUCAAGGAGUUUUUAUCUGCAAGCGAGCACCAGGGCAAGCCCGUGAACGAAACCUUCAAGGACGCCGCCAAGGCAUGGAACGCCCUGACCCAGUCAGAGAAGAACCGUUAUAACGAGUUGUUUGCCGAGGAUCUCGCACGGUACGAGAAAGAACACCAGGAAGUAUAUGGAGUUCCUACACGGAAGCAGACUCAAACUCGGGCUCAGUUGUAG